CUCACCAUGGAGUUCACGGUGAUCGACUACAGCAUCUUUGCGCUGCUGCUGGUGCUGUCGUCGGCCAUCGGGCUCUUCUACGCGCUGAGCGGGAACCGGCAGCGCACAGUGCAGGAGUUCUUGCUGGCCAACCGCAACAUGAGCUUCCUACCCGUUGCUCUCUCCCUGCUGGCCACCUUUCAGUCAGCUGUGGCUAUCCUGGGUGUGCCAGCUGAGAUCUAUCGCUUCGGUACCGAGUACUGGUUCCUCGGCUGCUCUUACUUCCUGGGGCUGCUCAUCCCAGCCCACAUCUUUAUCCCUAUCUUUUACCGCCUGCACAUCACCAGCACCUAUGAGUACUUGGAGCUGCGCUUCAACAAGACGGUGCGGGUCUUUGGCACUGUCACCUUCAUCUUCCAGAUGGUCAUCUACAUGGGAGUGGUGCUCUAUGCACCCGCACUGGCCCUCAAUGCAGUGACAGGCUUUGACCUCUGGAGCGCGGUGCUGACCAUUGGGCUUGUCUGCACGCUGUACACCACCCUGGGUGGGCUGAAGGCUGUCAUCUGGACAGACGUUUUCCAGACGCUGGUGAUGUUUGCAGGGCAGCUGGCUGUUAUUGUGGUGGGUGCCCGACGAGUGGGUGGCAUGGCCCGCAUCUGGCACCUGGCUGAGGAGGAGGGCAGGAUCUCUGGCAUCGACCUGGACCCUGACCCCUUCGAGCGUCACACCUUCUGGACCCUGUCGAUGGGAGGGGUCUUCAUGAUGCUGUCGCUCUACGGGGUGAACCAGGCACAGGUGCAGCGGUACCUCAGUGCCCGCAGCGAGUGGGAAGCCAAGCUCUCCUGCUACGCUGUCUUCCCCUGCCAGCAGAUCGUGCUGUGUCUCAGCUGCCUCACCGGCCUUGUCAUGUUCGUCUACGACCGGGAGCACCCAUUGGCACCUGCCCAGCGCCCCAAAUCCUCUGACCAGCUGGUGCUGUACUUCGUGAUGGACGUGCUGCGGGACCUGCCUGGGCUUCCUGGGCUCUUUGUUGCCUGCCUCUUCAGUGGUGCUCUCAGCACCAUUUCCUCUGCUUUCAACUCGCUGGCCACGGUGACAAUGGAGGACCUGGUCUCGCCCUGCUGCCCUGGGCUGUCGGAGUCACGGGCCACGCUGCUCUCCAAGCUGUUGGCUCUUGGUUAUGGAUUGCUUUGCCUGGGGAUGGCCUAUGUGUCCUCCAUGCUGGGUCCUGUGCUGCAGGCAGCCAUCAGCAUCUUUGGCAUGGUGGGGGGCCCGCUCCUGGGGCUCUUUUGCCUGGGCAUAUUCUUCCCCUGUGCCAACUCCACGGGUGCUGUCGUGGGGUUGCUGGCAGGCCUGGCCAUGGCCUUCUGGGUGGGCAUUGGCAGCCUGCUGCAGAGCAUGGGGGCAGCCGGGGAGCCCUCCCCACCCAACAGCACUCUACUUCCCACCGCCGACAAUCUCACCACUACCCUUGCCACCACGCUGCUGACCCCCAUGCUGGCCUCCCAGAGCCCCACGGGGCUGCAGAAGUUCUACAACUUGUCCUACAUGUGGUACAGUGCCCACAACUCCACUACUGUCAUCCUGGUGGGGCUUCUGGUCAGCCUGCUCACUGGUGAGUGCAGGACAGCAGCUGUGGACCCCCGCACCAUCUACCCGGUGCUGCCACGCCUGCUGUGCUGCCUGCCCCCCAAGUACCGGCAGAAACUGUGCUGUGGAGUGGCUUUCCCUGACCAGGACAGCGACCAUACAGACACUGUGAUGAAGAGCAAUGGGAUGGCCAAUGGCUUGGUGCCCCCUGGCUCUGGGCAGCGAGAACAGGAGGGUGAAGGGCAGGGAUACAUCUCUAUGGGUGGAGCCCCCGAGUAUUCCCUGCAGGAGACCUCCUUCUGAGCCCCCCAGUUCUGAGCUCUGCCCAGGCAUGGGGGUCCAGGCCACCCCCUGCACCCUUCCCCAGCUCCCCCUGAAGCCAGGGGGCACAGACCCUUGUAGGUUUGUAGGACAGGACUGGGGAGCACUGAAUUAUAGAGGGGCUGGGUCCUUCAAUGGAGGGGGCUGACUGGGCUGCACCCCUAUGAGCAGCCAAGCUCCCAGCCUUCCAGCUGCCCACAACAGGGGUUGUGCUGGACUCUGUCCUCUGGCCAGGGGGCUUUGGGACCACAGGUAUUGGGGCGGGUGUUGGAGCGGUGCCUUGUCCCUGCCCUAGGCUGGGUUGCUGCCCAGUGUCUCCAGCCUGGCCAUGUGCCUUAUGGCACCGCUCCCAAUCUGGGGACUGCCCCACACCUCCCCAGACCCCCAUCACCCAUCUCUCUGUUGUCCCCGCAAUAAA